AGCGCGACCCGGCCACACCGCCUCUCCGCUGCGACAACAUUCUCCCUCCCGACAUCAGUCGCCUUUUCUCUUCAACGACGUUUUUCUUCAGAUAACAGCCCCCCUCCCCGUCUCACUAUGACUCGGAGCUGAUCUUCAGAGUGUCCAGGUGGUUCUGGGGUUCCAGGUUGGUGUGGUGAGAGAGCAAACUAACUGUGGGAAGGAGGACUGCCUGGGGCGUCGUGUCCCUGGCUCGCGAGUGAAGAAAGGAGGAGCUUGGCAAACUGUUCUGCAUCAUGGAGAAGGAAGACCUGAAGGUCCUCAACAAAGGGGAAGAGGAAGAGAUGGAGCUGCAGGGCUACCGUCUGUGUCGUUGGCGGGUGGCCCUCGUGGGCCUCGGGGUGCUGUGCACGGGGGGCUUCCUCCUCCUGCUGCUCUACUGGAUGCCGGAGUGGUGCGUCAAAUCCACCUGCACCCGUACCACAGCCCGUGAUGCCAAAGUGGUAUUGCUGCGCUCCACAGAUGAGUUCCGACGCUGGUUCCUUGCCAGGGUACGAGUGAUGCUGGCCCCGGGGAGCAACCCCUUCCACAGCCUGGAGACCCGGACCACCUCCCCCUCCCCCUCCUCUCCCUCCCGCCCCUUCUCCUCCCCCCAUCUGGCCAACGGACAUAACCUCGACCCCUCCGAUGGCGGAGACUUUGGUGACUACCAGCCCACACAGAUUCGCUAUUUUACCUUCCAUAGCACAAAGUAUUAUUGGAUUGACGGUGUGCAGAACUUUGAAGUUUUAAACGGCCUGGGUGAUCUACAAGUCAGCUGCUCCACCCUCCACUCAGAGCACAGUUCAGGCCUGACCAGGAACCAGCAGAAGUACAGGAGGCUGUUCUUCGGAGUGAAUGAAAUUGCAGUGAAAGUGCCUUCUGUUUUCAAGCUGCUUAUCAAAGAGGUCCUAAACCCCUUCUACAUCUUCCAGCUCUUCAGUGUGAUCCUCUGGAGUGCCGAUGAGUAUUACUAUUACGCUGUGGCCAUUCUUUUCAUGUCGGUCAUAUCCAUAGCUACCUCUCUGUACACCAUCAAAAAGCAAUACAUCAUGCUUCAUGAUAUGGUGGCAACUCACAGUACGGUCCGUGUGUCUGUAUGCCGAGCCAACAAUGAAAUCGAAGAGAUUUUGUCUACUGAUCUGGUGCCCGGUGAUGUUAUGGUCAUCCCCAGCAAUGGGACCAUCAUGCCAUGUGACGCCGUGCUGGUCAGCGGCACCUGCAUUGUCAAUGAAAGCAUGCUCACAGGUGAGAGCGUUCCUGUGACAAAGACCAACCUCCCCAACCCAUUGCCCGGAGAGACGGGGGAGGCGACCGACUGUGUCUACAGCACGGAGGAACACAAGAGACACACGCUCUUCUGUGGCACCAACGUCAUCCAGACCCGCUUCUACACAGGAGACCUGGUCAAGGCGGUGGUGGUCAGCACAGGUUUCAGCACAGCCAAAGGCCAGCUGGUGCGCUCUAUCCUUUACCCGAAACCCACCGACUUCAAACUGUACCGUGAUGCCUACCUCUUCCUGCUGUGUCUGGUGGCUGUAGCUGGAAUUGGCUUUGUCUACUCCAUCGUCCUCAGCGUCUUGAACAAGGUCCCAGCAAAGACCAUCAUCAUUGAGUCCCUGGACAUUAUCACCAUCACUGUGCCGCCUGCGCUGCCAGCCGCCAUGACAGCCGGCAUCGUGUACGCCCAGCGACGCCUCAAACAACUCGGCAUUUUCUGCAUCAGUCCACAGAGGAUCAACAUCUGCGGUCAACUCAAUCUGGUCUGCUUUGACAAGACUGGAACUCUGACAGAAGAUGGAUUAGAUUUAUGGGGAGUCCAGCGGGUUGAGAAUGGCAGUUUCCAUCCGUCAGAGGAAAACGCAUACAAGGAGAAUCUUGUCAAGUCCCAGUUUGUGGCUUGUAUGGCCACCUGCCACUCUCUCACCAAAAUAGAAGGCCAGCUGUCUGGAGAUCCGCUGGACCUCAAAAUGUUUGAGGCUAUGGCUGGGUGAAUCCUAGAGGAGGCCACUGAGGAGGAAACAUCUCUCCACAACCGCAUCAUGCCCACUGUUGUUCGACCUCCAAAACAGCUGUUGCCCCCAGAGCCUGCCGCGACACCGGAGCAGGACAUGGAACUCUAUGAGCUCUCAUCAGCGUAUGAGAUAGGAAUCGUGCGCCAGUUUCCCUUUUCUUCAGCCCUCCAGAGGAUGUGUGUUGUGGCGCGUCUGCUGGGGGAGAAACGUAUGGAUGCCUACACGAAGGGAGCCCCGGAAGUGGUGGCUAGUCUCUGCAAGAAAGACACCGUGCCAGAAAACUUUGCCGAGGUUUUGGAGGGCUACACCAAGCAGGGUUUCAGGGUCAUUGCUCUGGCUCACCGCCGACUUGAAUCCAAACUCACCUGGCACAAAGUGCAGAACAUCAACAGGGAUCACAUUGAGGCAAACAUGGAUUUCCUUGGCCUGAUCAUCAUGCAGAACAAGCUGAAGGCGGAAACCCCAGCGGUGCUGCAGGACCUCCACCGAGCCAGCAUCCGCACAGUCAUGGUUACUGGUGACAACAUGCUGACAGCCAUCUCCGUGGCCCGGGACUGUGGAAUGAUCGCUCCCCGGGACACAGUGAUCAUUGCUGACGCCCUCCCUCCCCAUGACGGACAAGCUGCCAAGAUCACCUGGAGACACGCUGACAAGCCGAGCAAGGCGUCUCGCAUGGAGGACGUGAACAUCAGUGUGGAUGACGUGUGUCACGUAGAUGAGCCCAAAACACAAGAGCUGUACCACUUUGCUAUGAAUGGAAAAUCGUUCGCCAUCAUCUCCGAGCAUUUCCCUGACAUGCUUCAAAAGCUGGUGCUACAUGGCACAGUGUUUGCCAGAAUGGCCCCGGACCAGAAAACUCAACUCAUUGAGGCUUUGCAAGGCGUAGACUACUUUGUGGGGAUGUGCGGAGAUGGAGCAAACGACUGUGGGGCCCUAAAGCGGGCACAUGGUGGUAUCUCUCUGUCAGAGCUCGAGGCAUCUGUAGCCUCUCCCUUCACCUCUAGGACCCCCAACAUCUCCUGUGUCCCCAACCUCAUCAAGGAGGGGCGUGCUGCUCUCAUCACCUCCUUCUGUGUGUUCAAGUUCAUGGCACUCUACAGUAUUAUCCAGUACAUCAGUGUCACGCUCCUCUACUCUAUCCUCAGUAAUCUUGGAGACUUCCAGUUCCUCUUCAUCGAUAUUGCCAUCAUCCUCCUCAUUGUUUUCACCAUGAGUCUGAAUCCAGCUUGGAAAGAACUGGUGUCCCGUCGUCCCCCAUCAGGUCUGAUCUCGGGGCCUCUGCUUUUCUCUGUGCUGACCCAGAUCCUCAUCUGCUUGGGCUUCCAGACCAUUACAUUCCUUUGGGUCCGACAGCAGUCCUGGUACACAGUCUGGACACCACUUACAGAUGUCUGCAACUUGUCAUCACACGGUAACGUGUCCGAACACAAUGACACAGAAGUGGACGACCACAACAUCCAAAACUACGAGAACACCAGCCUCUUCUACGUCUCGUCCUUCCAGUAUCUCGUUGUUGCUAUCGUUUUCUCAAAGGGAAAACCUUUCAGGCAGCCUAGCUACAAGAAUUGGCCUUUUAUGCUGUCCGCAUUGAGUUUGUAUGUUUUCCUGCUGUUCAUCAUGUUCCACCCUGUCAAAGGCAUUGAUGAGUUUUUAGAGAUUGUUUGUGUCCCGUUUGAAUGGAAGAUAAAACUCUUCAUCAUCAUCGUGGUCAAUGCUUCUGUGUCUGUAUUCGCGGAGACCUUCAUCCUUGACAUCAUCUUAUGGAAGCUUGUGUUCAGCCGAGACAAACAGAGCAGCUUUGGCAUCACUCCCGUUGCCCCGACGGGACCACAGGGCUGCAUUGACCUGCGAGCGUACAAGUGUCUGUCCCGGCUGUGCUGCCCGGGCAAGAAUAAUCCGAAGGCUCGCUACAUGCAUCUGGCCCAGGAGCUCCGAGUGGACCCAGACUGGCCUCCAAAGCCAACCACCACCACUGAAGCCAAGUCCUGUCCAGAAAAUGGCUCCACCUAUCAGAUCAUCAUCAAGUCCUAGCACCCCCCCACGGCAGCUCACACUAUCUAACCUAUCCCUCCAAUUACAGGAGACGUGUAUGCAUACGACGCGUGUUCAGUGAAUGUACACAGACUGGCUUCUAUUACCGAAGGUUUUUGCAGCAACCUCUCUGGACCUAAAGAUUUCACAAGAGAACCAAACAAGUCAAUUUUUCUCUGGCUCAACCAUUCACACAGUCUCAGGUGUCUCUUGCUUGUUCUUUCCAUUUAAAUAUCAGUAGCAUUCUACCCAGGCUGGGAGUUUGGGUGAUAUGCCGAGUUCAAUAUGCACCUUGACCUCUUCAGAAACAAUCUAAAAGAUAGUUGGUUGAUCAAGAAAGAGGAUGGAAGAGAACGGUCUCAUUGACCAACACUGUAUCAUCUGAUCGUAUCAUAUGCCGUUUGGAUUUCGGAGCAGGCUAAACCUCACUUUAGUUGCUUCCCACUGGUUCACAGGUCCGACUUGUUGCAAGCGGCGCAGGCUCUCAUUGCUACUAUGUAGUGGUCUUCUAAAGCUAAUGUAAAUGUACAGAGAGUCAUUUAAAUAAGAGUAAGAAUUACCGCCCGGCAAGCACUUGUUAGAGAGUAUUGACUCAUAACCAAAAAGAAAAGCUUUAAAACCCACUAUAGACCCACAGGAAUGAACAAACAAAAACUAUUUGAGACCGGUAUGAAAAUAGUUUUCUGAGCACAAUACGGGAAAUCUUGGAGCAAAUUUCCGCCAAGUUGUUGUAUAUUUGCACACCUCCGAAUUUCCAUUGCAGGUAAUGCAUAAAUGAACUGAUUGGCCGUCAACAAUUGUAAGAUUUGGAAACGUAACGAUAAGUCUUGAAAUAUCCAUGUCUUUCCAAAGUUAACGGGACACAGAAGUGUUUGUAAAUCUGCAGUCAUCGGCCAUAACGUGACGUGGCCUCUCUGAAGAUCCUACUGCUGUCCCCGGCCACAAUAAUAAUUAAUCCCAUAUAUAUUUUUUUAGAACAUCCUAUACCUUACGUUAUAAGUAGGCAAGUUAGGUGAGAUGAGAGAGUUUUUGUUGUUGUUUUUUUGUAAAUUAAUCACAAAAUAAAGUACAUUAUACAUCAGAUUGAUGAUUUAAGCUACAAAGUGAUGAACCACCUAAACAUUUGGCACAAUAUUACUGCUUCUACAAAGUUAAGGACUAAAGACAACAGUGAGGAAAAUGGAUUUGCUAAUCUGCUCUUAAACACAAGCUGGGACCUCUGGCAGGAUCUCCAUUUUGGUUGUCAGGUUCUCGAUUUAUCGUUAUAUGUAGAAAAAUAAAAAAAAUAGACAAACACAAAUUUAAAUUUCAUCUAAAUGUUUUUGACAUGCCAAUUGAUCCAUUGAUCUGUAGUACCACCAACUGCUUAACGCUGUCGAUUACCUCGGAAACUACUGACUGAAUACUCUACAACUUCCGUCGUACUUUCAUAUUAAUCCAUACAAAGCGUUCUAACAUGUUAAAUGUUAGCACGCUACACUUCUACGACACCAGGCGUCUCAAUAACGUUUUUUCUACUGUGUAAUGUGCUUCGUACUAUCAUGGGCCACCAGUGUGACUAUUUUAUGAAUUAUAAUCGUAUGUUUUUGCAUCCAUUAGCCAUCUAAAAACCUACCCAGACUUGCAUGAAGCCAGUAACCCAGAGUCUCGUUAUGAAGGCUCGAAGGCUGCAAAACCCGAAAUAUUACUGCGAAUACAGAAUCAUCACAUUAACCGCUCUGUAUUACUACUGUAGAGUAUUCUGCACAAGAAACGGCGUCAGCAUGGAUAGCUUCCCGCGUGCAUGAGAUAAUACAAGUUAAAGCAUUCAACAUGUACAAACUCAUGUCAUCAAUACUUAAAAUAUAUUUUCUAAAACAAAACAAUUUCUUCCUAUGGAAGACUGAUUCCAAGCGUGAUAGUAAAUGAAGGCAUUGUGCAUCACAUCCGCCUGCUGCACAUUCAAAUAUCCACCCUGCAAAUGAUGGAUACAGAUCACCUUACACACUUCGUACAUAUUCAUGUACUGAACGCAGGCUACCUGCAAGGAGAGCUAAGGGCUAUGUUUUAUGUUGACUGCUUUUUCUUUGACGUUGGAAGUGAUGCUCCCCAAAAAUGAGUUCUUUAAGUAUCAAACACUCACUCCUGUAAACUUUGAAGGUGGCUAUUGGAUUGUGCCAUCUUAACAAUAGUUUGACAAUGGAAAUCCAGGGUAGAGAUCUACACUGGAGGAGUGGAUUGUGGUGUUUUUAGUAUCAUUUGUGACUGAUUGGAUUAAAGCCAACUGUGCUGCAAAGAGAAGAAAACACACGUUUUAAAGCCACCAGUGAUGGAUCCUCAAGGAAUGCUUGAGUGGGGAGUAAUACUUGGAAGCAAAGACACCAACACGCUUGCAGCUGGUUCUCAAUUUCCGCAUAUGUCUGUCUUUCAUGAAUUGUAGGGUUUGAUUUGACUGAUUUGGUGGUUAUGAAUCCCUUCAAAGGGUAUUGCUGCUACUCUUCCUCCCUGACAAAAUUGAGCAAAUAAUUUCUCUUACAUCAGGUUACACUUUCAAAUGCUCUAUAUAUGACAUUUCAUUAAGCUUGUCUAUUAUAAAUUAUUGAAUUCAUAUCGUGACAAGAUUUCCUAAUGUCGUUAUAACAAAUCUGAAGUUGCGCACUUCCUAAAAGCCAUUGUCUAUUGAGCUGCUUGUUAUAUUGCAAAUGCACAUGCAAGUUUUCAUCCUACUGUCUUUUUUUUAUUGCAAGCUCAAAUUUGAUGUGUGACUAUAGUCCGCAAGGACACGUUGUUUAUUCCAUGAACAAAGUAUCGUAUUUUGUUAUUUUGUGUGUAAAUCGUCAGCCUGAGAAGAAAAUAUAUAUAGAUACUAUAGAUGAAACAAAAAUUCUGAUAUGUUGUCAAAAACAGUGACUUACUAUGCUUCUAUAUAAUUGGCAUCUUCUAAUUUUGUGUUUGCUGCCAGGGUUUUAUUUGUUUUUGUUUCAUCGCUAGAAUCCUAUUGAGACUAAAACAGAAAGAACAGAAUUCAGUACAAUGCAAUACAAUUCUUGUUCCAAAAGUCUUUUCAUUGCAUCUGAAUUUGUAAUUUGAAAACGUUAAUGUUGAGUUUUUUGUUUAGUUCUUUCAAAAUGGAUUUAUCUACACAGAAUUGGACUUAAGUGAUAAUAAUAUUAGCGGUUGGAUUCUGUCUGUAUAUUUGACAUGUACAUUACUAGUGUGUGCACAAAAAUCAAAAGUUUUAGUAUAACAAUAAUGGAUUAUGGAUUAUCGAAGGGCUGGUUGUGUCUUUUUCUAGAGUUUUGGUACUGUGCUAAAAUCAGUUUUCUGUCUACCGUUUGAUUUGUACUGUCAAUUGAAUUUAUUUGUGCUUUUACUUCUGUUAUUGUGUUGCAUUAGCUUUCAUUAUGCUUAUUUGGGCAUGAAUCCUGGGCAUUUAUUUCACAAUUUGCAUUAGUUAUUGUGACGUGAUUGGGGCACUUGGAUCAUUUUAUGUUUUCUACGUUGGGUAAAAACAUAAUGCAGCACAUCUACUUAGGAGCUCUGUAUGUAUACAUAUAUUUAUGUAUGUAUAUGUAUAUAUACACACGUGUCGCCUCCUCUUAACAAAUUCAUCUGAACAGACAAUCGUGUUGCUUUUCUGUUGAUUUAUCCAAAGUGUAUAUUCUACUUUCUUUGUAGCUUUUUCGAAAGAUUGUUUGCAUGUAAAAAAUGAACUUGUAAUUGGCAAGAAGAAUGUGCAUUGCUGCUUGAUAUCAACUAUUGUAAAAGUGACUAUAUAGCUACUAAGGGCAAAAAUGAUUCGGUCUCCGCUGUGCCAUAAUUGUGUGCUCAUAAUUGUGUGCUUUGAUACAGAAAGGUUGUGUCCUUUACACUACGGUUUUGCCUUUUAUCAAAACACUGCUAUCUCACAACAAUGGAUUUUAUGCUGAAACCUCUAUGCGCUUUACAGGUACAAUAUAUACCGACUGUUGACAGUUAGCAUUGGCCUCUUGUUCACAUGUAUUUCAAUCAAUCGAAUAGCGUUUAGAUUAUGUCAGCCACUGAGUGUAUCAAGUCUCAUGUGGAUCUAGUUUCCUCAGGGAAAUGUGUUCAUUUGUAAUGAAUAAAGAAAAAUGAUGUAAGUUGGCACCCAAUCUGAAUGAAAAUGCAAUGUUAGUAAAACUUUUUAUUACACUCAAUAUGUGUGUAACUCUUCCAUUACAGAUAUCAAAUAGGUCUGUUUUUUAUUUGCAGCUCCACACCUCGGCAAGAGGAACUAUGUGUACUUUUUAUUGGCAGGGCUGUACGUUUUGGAAUUUUUUUGUACUUUGUAAUUUAUUUUGUAUUUAUUUUAAUUUCUUUCUCCCUGGGGAUUGUACUUCAGAUUUAUCUCAAUUUCUUUCUUUUCAAUAAAUGUUCUCAAAAUGGAA